AUGCCGCGCGAGAUCAUCACACUGCAGGUGGGGCAGUGUGGGAACCAGAUCGGGUCCGAGUUCUGGAAGCUACUGUGCGCGGAACACGGCAUCAAUGAGAGGGGUAUUCUCGAGGACUUCGCGACGUUGGGCGACGACCGCAAGGACGUAUUUUUUUACCAAGCCGACGACGAUCACUACAUCCCUCGGGCAUUGCUAAUAGACAUGGAACCCAGAGUGAUCGAUACCAUCCAGUCCUCCGAAUAUGGGCAUCUGUAUAAUCCAGAGAACAUAUUCCUCGCGACGAAGGAAGGAGGUGGAGCUGGGAAUAACUGGGCAAAGGGGUAUACUUGCGGCGAGAAGGUUCAGGAGGAGGUCUUCGACAUGGUCGACCGGGAGGCGGACGGGAGUGACAGUCUCGAGGGGUUUGUGUUGAUCCAUUCCAUCGCUGGUGGGACUGGCUCUGGUAUGGGGUCCUACCUGCUCGAGGCUGUCAAUGACAGGUAUCCUAAGAAGUUGAUCCAGACGUACUCGGUGUUCCCGCUGCUGUCAACUGAGACCAGUGACGUUGUAGUACAGCCUUAUAAUUCCGUCCUGACGCUGAAAAGGCUUACGCUGAAUGCAGACUGUGUGGUCGUUCUCGACAACACUGCGCUCAACAGAAUAGCGAUGGACCGGCUGAAGUUACAGACCCCGACGUUUGCUCAAAUAAAUUCGUUGGUGUCCACAGUCAUGGCUUCGAGUACCACCACGUUAAGGUACCCUGGGUACAUGAACAAUGACCUCAUCGGUAUGCUAGCUUCGCUGAUACCGACGCCCAGGUGCCAUUUUCUCAUGACCGGCUACACGCCGCUGACGCUCGACAACCAGACCUCGACCAUCCGCAAGACCACGGUCCUAGAUGUGAUGCGUCGCUUGCUCCACACCAAGAACAUCAUGGUUUCGUGCUCAACCCGUCGCGGAGUAUACAUAUCGAUUCUCAACAUAAUCCAGGGCGAAGUUGACCCCACUCAGGUGCACAAGAGCCUGCAGCGCAUCCGGGAGCGGAAGCUGGCCAAGUUCAUCAACUGGGGCCCUGCCAGCAUACAGGUGGCGCUGUCAAAGCAGAGCCCCUACGUGCAGCACACGCACAAGGUCAGUGGACUGAUGAUGGCGAACCACACGGCCAUCUCGCAGCUCUUCGACCGCUGCGUCAAGCAGUACGACAAGCUGCGAUCGCGGAACGCCUUCCUGGAGAACUACAGGCAGGAGAGCUUGUUCGCGGACAGCCUGGACGAGUUCGACCACGCCCGCGAGAGGGUCGUCUCCCUCAGCGACGAGUACAAAGCAGCCGAGACAGAGGACUACAUCAAGUGGGGCCUCCUUGCCGACGAGGAGGUGCAGAUGCCUCCGUACGCCUCUGCCGACCGCCGCAUGCCGCCUCCUCACGCCUGA